CAACGGUUUACCUGCAUGCAAAAUUUCAUAGUGGAGAAAGUAAGCUUUAGGAUUAUGCAAUCGGCCGUAGGAGUUAAAGGAUGUUCACAUACACACUCUCCACUCAAUUUGGAAUAUAGAGUAGAGAUCCGAUCAUACAUAUAUAAACCACUCCGGAAAUGAUAUCGAUACAUUUUACUCUCAUCCCAAAACAAAUAGACAUCUAUCAAUCAUGGCAAACAAAGCAAUCCAAAAAGGCGAAUUAGUCCUUAUUACAGGAGGAACAGGAUGGGUAGGCUCACACAUCGUGGACAAAGCACUUGAACAUGGACUAAAGGUUCGUUUGGCCAUUCGAAGUGAAGAAAAGGCAAAAGGUUUAAUUGCUGGAUUACAGUCAAAGUAUGGUAAAGAUGCACAUAUUGAGACUACAAUCGUAAAGGACUUCAAUGCGGAUGAUGCAUACAAUGAAGCCGUCAAGGGAGUCCAAGGAAUCAUUCAUGCUGCUUCCACUCUCACAUUCAGCGAUAAAUGGGACGAAGUCAUUCCACCUACCGUUCAAGGUUACCGCUCUUUACUCAAGGCAGCACAUAAAGAAGGAGACGCUAUCAAACGUGUGGUUGUUACCAGUAGUUCAAUCGCUUUGGGCACUCCAAACUUGGAGCCAGGCAAGCCAACACAACACUUUGACGUUAAUUCAUGGAAUGAUGCAAGUCUAGAAGAAGCCAAAGUCAAGCCGAACUCUAUCAACAUUUAUGCUGCCAGUAAAGUGUUGAGUGAACGAUUCACUUGGGACUUUGUCAAGGAAAACAAGCCAUCCUUUAUCGUCAAUACAGUCAAUCCAAACUUUGUUUCAGGAAGCAAUACUGUUGGAACAGAUUAUAUGAGCACAGGAAAUAUGGUUCGCAAUGUGGUGUUCAAAGCCGAUGGCCAAAUUACUGAAAUGCUACGAUCACAAUUCAUCGUUGAUGCAGAUGAUGUUGCCAUUUUGCACGUUUUAGCAGCAAUGCGAGAGGAUAUCGUUAGUGAACGUUUACUUGCAUUUUCAGGAGUUUUCACUUGGCCUGAAAUCUUUGAGUAUGCACAAAAGUACGCUUCUGAUAAAGUCAACCUUCCUCCCAAAUCCGCUCAGAUGGAUGUACGGGAUAACACUGUCGUUGAUACAAAACGUACACAAGAAUUACUCAAACCUUAUGGAGGAUUCAAAUCUGUUGAGGAAAGUGUUCGUUUGAAUUUGCAAGAUGUUAAAACUCAUUAGAUAGAGUCUUUAUGCUUUGUGUACUAUUCGAUCAAUGGCUAUUAAUAAUCUCGUAAUCGA